GCGCAGAAGCUGGCGGUGAAUGGGAUGGAAGAAGAGUUCUUGUUUUGUAUAUCAGUUUCUGUCUUUUAUGUAUUUUUGGUUCAAAUUCACGCGAACAAAGCGAAGAUUCCUUCUGUUACACUGUUCAAAACUUUAGGGCGCUAAAGGGAGUAAAUUCAUCCGCGGGAUAGGGUUUUAGUGGUGAAAUGCUCGGCUGUUUGUAGAUAUAUAUUUAAAUAAUUGGUGAGUGUGUGUUUAAGUGUAUGAAGAUCGGGGUUUGACUGCUGGAGGAGUGUGUACGAGGCUCCACCCCCCACUCUGCCAGUUGGAUGGUGUUCAAGACGGCAGACGUUGGGAAGGCAGCUGUGUUGGGUUUUGGGAAGAAGAGAUCGAUGAUGGAACUGCAAAAUUUACAGGAAGCACUCAAAGUGGAAAUCCAGAUCCAUCAGAAACUCGUGAGCCAGAUGAAGCAAGAUCCACAGAAUGCAGAUCUGAAGCUGCAGCUCCGUGACCUGCAGGCCAAGAUCACAGCGCUGAGUGAGCGGCAGAAAAAGGUGGUGGAGCAGUUAAGGAGAGAUCUGCUGGUGAAACAGGAAGAUAUGAAGCUGCAGACACUACAAGCCGAUGGGCAAACGUCUACCUUGCUCAUCACACAGACACAGACGCCUCUGCCUGCUGCCAGCCUCACUACUCCACAGAGCUCUGUGGCCCCUGUCAUUGCUUCAAAGACUCUACCUCUGGUGCUGAGAGCUGCCACACCCACCUCUAUCAUCAUGACACCAGCACCUACUAUCACCGUGGUUACAACCCUUGGCAGCACACUCCUGGCAAGCCCUCCUAGCUCAGAUCCUCAGAAGUCCCCAGUAAACUUCCAACCAGUCAUCCAAACAACCAAUCAGGGAGCAGAGCCGGUGCGAGUCAUACCCAAUAGCACCGUCGUUGUGCAAGCUGCCUCCCAACCAAUCAAAGUUCCUCAGUUUGUCCGACCAACCAGACAGACAACACGGCCAGCCACUCUACCGCAGGUCAGGCCAAAACCUCCAGUGUCUUUGUCUCCAGCUGCUGGUCAGGUUUCUGUGCACACCUUACAGUCACCGGUGUUACUGAGCACUGCCCUUCCUUCGUCUGGUCACGUCCAGCAGAUGCGAAUCCUCAAUGGCCUGCCCUGCCCCAACAGCUCUAACAACACAAGCAUCCUGAUCUCACCAUCUACACACACACUACCAUCUGCUCAGACACACACACAGCAGUUACCUCACAACAGCCCAAGCUCUGACAACACGAUACGCGCAGUGGAAUAUGGGACAGAGCCAAAGACGUCAUUGCUCAUCUCUCCAGACACGCCUACACACACUUCACCUCCACUGUCUUUAGAUGCGCCAUCUUCACCUGCCCCCACCAACACACACACUCCUUCCUCCAAACAUCAGGAGAGCCCUCUGAAAUUGGCCUUCAUGUUGUCUCUGGGACUGGUCACGCGCAACUAUUUAGAAGAGAUUCAAAGCAGGCGUCAGGAACGCAAAAGACGAACAACAGCAAAUCCAAUAUAUAGCGGAGCCAUGUUUGAACCAGAGCGGAAGAAGAGCUCAGUGUCGUAUCUGAGUUCCAUAAACCAGUCCAGCAGGAAGAGAGCCAAUGAGGACAGCUUGUCAGAGGUAUGCUACACCAAUGUUAUGUCUUCCUUUUCCUUUUCUUUUCUUUUGUGUUUUGUGUUUUGUUUGUCCUUUGUUUCAUCUCACCCAGGUCGCCUUUCUAAAAACUGCAGUAUUGUGGAGCGGGGGCCCCUCCCCCCAACCACCAGCAGCCAUCAUUCUUCCUCCCCAGACCUACAGCGGCCCACCGCGGGCAGCCCAUUCUCCCCUGCCCUUUCACUCACCCUUCCAUCACAUUCAUCCUCACCCAGCCCCAGCUCAGCAGGGGAUAUUCUGCAGAAGGAAGAUGCCAUUGAGUGGCCAGGGACUCUUGCUAUUGUCCAUUCCUACAUCUCCUAUAAAGCAGCUAAAGAGGGAGAGAAAGAUCGUCUGAAGAGAUGGAGCACAGAGCUGCGGCAGGAGAGAGAGACACUGGAGCACAGAAUCGGACAACUCAGCAACUCUAUAACAAGAUGUAUGGACAGCAAGAACAGCGUACUGGCCCAGCAGAGAGAGAUGGAGGCUUCGCUUGAGAAAAUGAGAGGGCUGGUGCAUCUGAUCAAAGGGAUCCAGUUGUCUCCCUUCAUCUGCCCUGGGGCCAUGGCUAACGGAGAAACCUCCCACAAUGGAGCUUCCAAACCCAGCAGCUCCAGUGCGGUCACCACAGACACAAACAACAACACAAAUGCCCCAACAAGCUCCUCAGAAGCUACGGUGAUAAUUAGCACCCUCACAAACAUGAGCGAUACCUUAAAGCAGAUCGCCACGAAUAACAACCCAGAGGCUGCAUGUGCAAAGAGCGAUGAGUGCAGUGAGGAGAGCGCACAAAUGAACAGCACGUCCAGAAUCAAGAGCGAACCCACAAAUGCAAACGCUGUAGUCUUCAGCAAUAGCAGCAGCAACCAGGCGGUUCUCAGUACCAACGGAACUGUGUCCACAGGGGAGGAGAAUACAAAAAAACACAAAAACAACAGCGACCUCAGUGUCAUCCCACAGGCCCUCCUCGGCUCAAUCGUACCCCUUACAGAAGUGACAGAGGGGGUGAAAUAGCAUUGACUACCCCGCCACAGUUGGGGCCUAAAGCGUGCCAGUUAACAGUGUUGUUGUUUCGUGUUGUCGUUUCAUCUCUAGUAUCUAUGAGGGAAAGAAAAUCCAUAGUGCCAUUUACUACAUGCAGGAAGAAGGUUCCUAAAGUACCAGCAAUGUGUAUCCUCACGUAUGCACACCGAAAAGAUUUCUACAAAGAAUAAUGAUAUAGAAAAGAGUAAUAAAAUUUAAAGAUAUCACACCAUUGUGUGCCUGAUACAGUUGCCAUAGCACCUCUGAGUGGGAAAGCUUCUGAAGGCUGGAUCGGGGUGAAGAUCUCGUCCUGCUAGAUGAGUAGUGCAGCUUCCUAUCAGGUCCUGUAGCUCUGAUCUAAGACAUAAGAUAUGACGUGUUGAGGAGUUCAGCGUCCGUUUUGUCUGUGAAACACAACCGAGGUGCAGUUGUUUCGUCUUGUUUUCAGUUGUUGUGUCUCCAGGACGGAACUUGGAGCGCAAACCCAGGUUCUUUAUCACACACUGACAGAAAUGCAGGUCUUCCAGGCGUUCUUCUGGAGGUUUAACUAGUAUCAUUUGCAUUUGUCUAUUUUGUGGUGUUUUUAAAAACCGGAACAUUUCUGUAAAUAUAUUUAGCUAUUUUUUACACAUGACCUUAUUUAUAAUUUUCUUCUUUUCUUACAAAAAUAUUCCGUAGUUCUGUUCUGCCAAAUAAUCGAUGCCACAGGGAACUCUUCUUUUACGUUAUUCUGAACAUUAAAUAGAUAUUUAAGAGUAGUAGAAUAGUAUUUGUAGUGUCAGUCCUGAAGUGUCUGAAAAUUAAUUCUGACCAUGCCUUAUCUACUGAACAGAUGUGAUUUACUGAGUGCACGGUUCAGGCGCUGUCACAGAAGGGAAUGAUCUGAGCUGUCUCUUACAUUGCUCUCGCGCCAUUUCCACAUCCAGAGGAUUUUUUUGUUUACCCAGACUGUAGCAGGGGUCUCAUGCCUUGUCCAACGACUUGGGAGGAAUCGUGCAGUCAGAAAUAUCCCAUGAAACUGCUAUGCCAGUAACGUUAUGCUUGUGGGCCAAUUUAAGGGCUUCUGUUCUGUAUCGUUUUAACACACUUUACUACACUGUUCACUGUAAACCUGUCCAAAAGCACAACACGGCAGACGUUAUACGUGCCUAGCGCAACUACUUCUACCAGUGUCUCCUAGGGGCUCUUCUGUUAUCGCUUUAUUUACCAUAUCGGCGCUCUCUCACCACUGUGUAUUUCACAGUGUGUGACUGCACACGAACAAGCACAGACAAACACACCAGAGCAGUUUCUAACACCUGAGAUACAGCCGCGGUAGCUUGAACACUGUAUCAUGUGCCAAGAUGACACUUACAUAGUGUAUAAAAAAAGCACAAGAAAUAAUCCAGAAACACGGUGGUGUCAAACACGCUUUUGAUAAAAGACAGACAUAUCUAGUGUUUAUAUCUUCAUUUCAGGUUUGUCAGUGUUUUCAAUGCUAAACAUGCAGCUCUGGCCUGCUGUAGCCUCUGUGUAUUGGUUGCCUUAAGUUCUAUAGACUAUGUUAGGCUGUUUCAGCGUAGUGUCGGUGUCCUAGUGUCAGUUGUCAGCAAAACAAGUGCGUAUUUUUCCCUUUUCGGAAACAACCUACUUUAUCAUCUAGUGUGUGAUCAUUCAGGUUGUGUUAGUGAGGACAGUGCCUGUGCUGCCUAUAGUGAAUCUGACCUCUACACAUAAGAAUACACUCUAAAGUGCUCAAGUCUUAUAUCAAACACGAAAUAAAUUGCUGGUAUAUUCGUUCACCUUUUUAUGAAACGGUUUAUGAAAAACUUUACUUUUAGUUAAAGGAUUCCAUCCCAGUCUGAUGAUCCUCAUAUCGCAUCUGCGUUUUCAAAAGUUUUCAACAAUCACAGAAGUAUUCACACAUUUUGUCUGAUAGAAGCUAAUACUAAAACAUAUUUCAUCACAAUUGCGAAAAUUCCAAAGUGACAUGUAGAGAAGCUGCGUUCUGUCUGGUGGUUUAAUGGUAUGUCUGGUUUUCUGGUGUAUUGGAAAAAAAGAAAGAAAAGGGAAGAGAGCCCUUACAUAAAUGCUCAUCAGAUGUGACAUUAGCAAAUGUCAUCUCUCGUCCUUUAGGGCCAAGAAUCCUGAGGCCAGCUGUGGUUAGUAGAACUGACAGAUGUUCUCUGAUGAGAUAGAUGAGAAUCUACUGUGUCUCCUCAUUCAUGUUCCUUACACAUGAGAAUUGGGUAUUGUGUCCUGAAGUGUGAAAUCUGAUCUCCUCAGAUAUUAAUAGUGUUUACCGAGAGCUCAGGCUUUUGUUCACGUUUUCAAGAUACGCAUAGUUAUGAAGAUUCGCAUUCUUACACCUCAUGCUGUUACCUCAUUCAGGUUGAUGAAACCCUAAAGAAAAAUCAAGGAUAGAUUAUUGCAACGUGAAAAUAUCAGUGCUUAAUCUAAUGUCCUUAACUAUAAAUUGAGAACACAAUUUACAUCGAUUUGUUGUAUAAAAAGUGUCUAGAUUCUUUCAUUAUAGUUUUUAAA